AUAGAUGUAGACCUUUGACCCCCUAAAGCCUAGCAGCUGAUUGUGUCAACUAAGUUAUGAUUUCUAGACAUUUUGUAAAUAAGUUAAGAUCUAGAUCGACAUCUACACAUUUUCUAAAUGUAAAAUUUUUGCGAGUAGAUACAGAUCUAAGUGUUUUCCGAUACCACCACAAAAUGUCUUUAAAAUUUGCAGCUAAUAUCUCUAUGAUGUUUCAAGAAAUCCCCACGCUAGAACAAAGAUACGAGGCAGCAAAAAAUGCCAAAUUUAAAUACGUUGAAUUAACCUUUCCAUAUGCCGAAGAUAUUGAUAAAUUAAAAGCUGCACGCGAAAGGGCAGGAGUAGAGCAAGUUUUAAUAAAUGCAUAUCCUGGUAAUUUGAAUACUGGAGAUCUUGGGUUAGCUGCUAGGCCAGAAAGGAUUCAAGAUUUUAAAGAUGGAUUGGAACUUUCCAUUCAGUAUGCUAAUGCUCUAAAUUGUAAGAGAAUGCACAUAUUGGCAGGGCGUGUAUUAAAGGAUAUUAGUUUUGAGGAAAGAAAUGAAUAUAAGAAAACCUACAUGGAUAACUUAAAGUAUGCUGCUGACAGACUCAGUCAGGAAGGUAUCUUAGCAUUGAUAGAAGCAGUCAACAACAAAAUCUCAGUUCCAGAUUAUUUUCUAUCCUGCCCACAUGAAGGUCUUGAAAUUGUCAAAAAGUUGAAUCAUCCAAAUCUAAAAUUUCAAUUUGAUAUUUUUCAUGUGCAAAUUAUGAAUGGUAAUUUGACAAAAAACAUUCAAGAGUUUCUACCCUACAUAGGACAUAUACAGUUGGCCCAAGUUCCUGACAGAGGAGAACCAGAUGACAAUGGUGAAAUCAACUUUCCUUACAUUUUUCAAGUCUUAAAAAAUGUAGGAUAUCAAGGUUACAUAGGGCUGGAAUACAAGCCUAGAGGUAAAACAGAAGAUGGUCUGAUUUGGAUGAAGCAACUACAUGAGAUUGAUUUGUAAGAUCCAACUAGGCUUAUAAUAGAUUGUGAUUCAUUUUUGUUUAUGGCAAGUUUUCCUAAAAUUUACUCAGAUACUACAGAAUGGAAUUGAGUUUUAUAAAUGCGAUUAGAUUGACGUAAUGAAGCUGCUGGAAUACUGAAUUUUACAACUUAAAACAGUAAAAUAAAAAAAUAACUUUAAUAAAAACAAGAAGAUUAUAUUGAGUGAAAUUGCAUUAAUUAUUUUGAAUCAAUCAUGUUCUUACUUUUUAUUUAGAUCUAGUCAAACAAUAACAAAAGUUGUGCAAUUGGAAAUAUUUGUAUUGCUUUUGUUAAGUGCAACUUUCAGGCUUAUAGCCAGCUCAGUGUGCCAUGGUCCAGUCUCUGUUGUGGACCAGUUAGGAGAGGGGGUAUAUGGGAGAAGUUUUCCAUGCUAUUAAAAAAGUUGCUCGCACAUGAACUUGAAGUCUCAAGCCUCCAUGAUACGAGGAUGAUGUGUUAGCCACUGAGUUAUUCAGUGUAAAUUGAUAUAAACUUUGUAAAAAAGAGCUAAUUUAAGUAGAUAGUGGGUGGGAAAAUAAUCUUUUGUUAUUAAGUAGCUAAUUAUUUUCUAAACAUUUUGAGAUAUUGUCCAUUAGGCUUAAUUAUUGUCGCUCACAUUAUCUAAAUUUUCUCAAGCCAUGUAAGGUUAGAAAAUUAUGUUUAUGAUAUAAUGUAGUUUUAUUUUUAUGUUUCUAGUAUUUCGCUAGUGAUAAUAGUGAAUGAAAAUUGUCUUUAGUUCUCUGGACCAAUUCUCUUUUUUUUAAAUAGCAGUGACAUAAGCUUUUAUAUGCUUGGAUUUAGUAAUGAACUCAAGAAGUAUUUCUAGCUCAUGAUAUUCCAUUUAAUUCUGAAAGUAAUUUAGCUGGGUCAUCGUGUUGAGAUGUUUUAUUUCUCUGGAAUUUAUGUUUUCAAUUUAAUUAUUAAUAAGAUCAUAUCUUUUUUAUUUUAAUGUUGAGAAUGUUGAUGUGAAAUAUUUAUUUAGAAUAUUAACUUUAUUUUUAUUGUGUCAUAAAGAUUUAUAUCUUAUCCCUUUAAUUCAGCUAUUCCUGUUGCUUAGAUUAUAUAUACAAUAUAUACAAUGAUAGAUAUGAAUUGUUAUCUUAAACAAUGUUUUUCAUUUAUUCUGCUAGAUUUGUAAAUAUUUUGUUAUCAUAUUUUUAACUUUGCAUUUAACCAGUUUCUGAUUAUUUUGUAUGUAAUUUUUUUUUUAAAGUAACUUCAAAGCUCAUUUAGUUUAGUGGUUGGUUUCUAUUUUUCAAGAUAGAAAUCAAAUGAAAAGCAUUUUUGUUAUCAGAUAGAGAUUUUUCAUUUAGAUUUCCAUUAAUUUAUUUGAAAAUUUUAUAUUUUUGAUUAUAGGGCAUAGGACGGAUGUCAUAAUUACUUCUUACUAUGUAAGAUUACACUACUUAAAAAUGUUAAGUAUUUAAAAAGGAAAAAAAACUGCUUAGUUAUAUUUAGUUAUUAAUUGACGACUUUUGUAUACUAAAUAAAGGUUUAUAUUUAAUUAAUUGCUGCAUCGCUUUAUGAUUAAAAAUAAUUUAAAUUUCUGGUAAUAUGUUUGAUUUAUGCUACAAGUCUAUGAUCAAUUUAAAACAAAACACAUUUAAAAGAAAACCAACCUAUCAAUUUAUUGAUUAUUGAGGUUAGCCCAUUCAUAAUAAGUCUAAACAUUUAAAAACAAUAUAAAUAUCACAGAAGUGUAUUUUUUUUGUGAUGCUGUAAAAAUAUAGCAUUGGUAAAUUUAGUUGCAAAGAAAUGAAAGUCCAGUUCAAUAGGUUUUCCUUGCAGCCAGUUGGUCCUGAAGCAUUGCAUUGAAGUCAUCCAUUAUACGAUAGACUUGUUUACUAGUUUUACCAAAAUCACAGUCCAUGGUGCGUUGUGAUAUGACUGGUCAUAAGUAGUUAAGGAUUUAUACAAUAAAAACUGGACUUUGUUUAGCCUGGUGCUAAUGGGUUUAAAAUGAAGACACACUGAAAGAAAGCUUCGCUUAACAAGUUUUAUGCUUAACAACAAUCAAUACUGUUGAUGCGUGGAACACUGUAAAAUUUUAAGUGAUUUUGACAAGUGAUGGUGAUAACAAAAUUUACAUUUUGUAAAAUUAAAAAGACACUAGAAUUUUUACUGAAGCAUAAAUUGUUGAUAAGUGGAAUAUUAUGUAAAUGUAAGAAUACAAGCCUAGGGUUUCAGGCUGGGGAGAAAAAUAAACUUAUGUUUUUUUUCUGUUACAAUCUA